AUGGAAGGUACGCAGCAGACUACAGCUGCUUUAAUUGUGAUCAGAGCAAAAUCGAUAACACAGCAAACACAACUCAAAUUCAAAAUGACUGGUGAUCGCGAUCUUUGGGAUUCUUCUCGCGGUGACAUUACAGGAACGGAUUUCGGUAAUUCAAUUGCGACUAGUGAUUUCACCAGAGUCAAUGAAGACAAUGGAAUCGAUUCCUCAGCUUCUUCUCGCCCUGGAGUUCUGGCUAGAGCGAUCUCCAGUGAUUCUAUGCAAAUCAAUGAGGCUAAUGCCGCCAACUUUCUACUUCCUCAUGGCAGUGAGCAAAUGUCUGGAGCGCCGGCUAGUCAUCAUUCAAGUCAUCUCACUAGAAUCUAUGAAUACAGCGUCACCGAUACAUCGAAUUCUGCUGGCUACGGGCCAAUUUCCAGCAUGCCCUUCGAUAAUAAUGACAUGGCCAAUUGGCCAAUGGUCUCCGGCUCAUCUAUGAUUCAAUCUACCAACGCCGUAGCGACUGAGCCUAUGUCAUGGAUACCUGGUCCAGAGGUUGCCAUGCCUUCUUCUAGUGGCCAUCAACUCGGAGUUGUGCCUUCUCAACCCAUUAGCGCUCUAACUUACGGGCUUAAUAUACCUCUACAGCCUGUUGGGUCUAUUAGCGAAAAUGCGCCAAGCGCUUUACCCUACAGUGGAGUUAGGAUGCGUCUACAAUCUCCCAUUGAGUUUGCUAGCGAAAAUAUCACAAACUCCAGCUUGCUUAAUGAAGAUGCAGCAAACGAGGUAAUGGGAUUUGGUGGACCAGUCUUCAACAAUCACGGGUCGCACCAAGAAAAUGCAAGUCUCGGUUUGUCCAGGGAGGUCACAACAGCCAACGAACUAGUUUUUGACGACGGCACGAUGCGCCAAGAGGUUUCUUCUGCACAAAUGACCCAAAGUGGUUUACACAUGGAAGUAUCCUUAAAUUUUGAAGAUGUAUCCAUACCAGGCUUGCUCGACGAAGUCACAGCAACCGCGCAACCAAUUUCCAGUGACGAAAUGUUGCGUCCAAAUGAUCAUUAUGCACAAGUGGUUCAAAAUGAUUUGUCCAUGGGAAAUCUUCUAGACGAUGGGGAUGAAUCAAGGUUUCCCUUGCCCAACGCAUUCGCAGCAAACGAAUUCCCAGACUUCCCAGAAUUACCUGAAUCAGUCUUUGACAAUGGCAUGUUACACCAAGAUGAUCCAAAUUCAAACUUGCCCAACGGAGUCACAGCAAGCGAGUUCGCAGAAUUACAAGAACUAGUCCUCGACAAUGGCAUGUUGCACCAAGAUGUUUCACGCCCCAACUUGCCCGACGAAGUCACAGCGAUCGCCGAGCCAGUUGCCAACAAGGAAGCUGCAUCAAUCACUGAACUAAUCGACAACAAUGAAGUCACACCAGCCACCGAGCCAGUUGCCGAAGAUGAAAAACCGAGUCGAGAUGAUCCAGUUCACAAACACGAAACUGUUCACAAUAAUGGCUCAGCUGAUAACAUAGCCGAACUACGCAGAUCCAAAGCUGACGAACUUAUAGACCGCCAGGAACGUGCUAUCGCUGCUCUCCUUAUCCGUUUUCAGAAUCUUGUUAAGCUUGCUGCAUUACCUACUGAAGAUGCAUUUACGAAGGAGACCGCAGCUGCAGAGGGAUUGAGAAUGGAGGUUGAGAGUAAUGCCUUGACAAGCGCAGCGGAAGACCUUUUAAAGUUGACACGAGAAUUGAAGGAGUGCUGGAUUUUUGGGUCAUUGAGAGGAAUCGGCGAAGGGGAAGGUGAUGGAGAAAUGGAGACUGAUUCAAAGAAGGUCGCGGAAUUGAUUGAGAAGCAAUUGGAGAAAAAGCAUGAGCAAGAGAAAAAUAAGGCAUAA